GAGAAGUUUAUCCUAUCAGGCUCCUCUCAUGAUAGGGGCGAGUACUCUUGUCACCGCUGGAAAAUUCCUCAAAAUCUCAGAGAAAACUGAGAAAUAUUUAAUCAAAAUCAUAAUUUUACAAUUUAUAUUGUCUACAAUUAAAAUAACAAAAAAUAAUCUAUAUAUUGUAAACAAUAUUACUAUAAAAUACUUCAUAAUCAAAAUAAGCAUCAAUAUAUAUCCAUGUUAAACCAAAGGGAUAGAUAAUAUUUUCAAUAAAUGGAGAACCUUUACCUUAAAAUCAAAUUUUUUGUUGUUAUAAAAAUAUUUGGUUUAAUGUAAUAAAUGGAAUCUAGAAUUUAAUAAUUAACACAAUAAAAGAAAAAUAGUAAUAGUAAUGGUUAUAACAAUAAUAAAUUUUACCUAUAAUUUUAAUAACACAAAUAAAGUAAUGAAGAAAUUUACUAUAGCUGUUAAAGUUGUUCAACUGGACCUUUUAAAUAUAUUCAAUCAAACGCAACAAAAUUAACAGAAAAAUUGUUAUAUUAGUAUAAAUGAAAGAGGAAAAAAUUCUUGA